AUGUUUCUCUUACUCACGUACAUGUACGCACACAUGCACUACAAUGUCCCGGCCAAUGACAACCAGCCUCAACAGCAAGAUUCAAAAAAGGCCCCUACCGAAGAGAUCGGCAAAGACAAUACAUUGCCUCAUCGACAUCCACAGAUACAGAAGGGGUUCAUACUUGAACAUGCAAACAGUCACGCAUCCCGUUAUCAGCUCUCCUCAGACUAUCCAACAAUGGGUGUCGACAAAACACACGGCCAUGACCGCCGACCAUCGACAUCACCAACCCCCUUCUUGCUGGCCAAUUCCGGGGUUGCCGAUCCUGUGGAGAACGGUGCUUUUUGUCUGUAUAGCAUACACGAAUACAGUGCCUUGUUAUCUAUCGACUAUCAUGGGGUUGGCGAUCACUCAUGA